AUGGGCCACCUCGACCUCUCCCUCUCGACAUACGCUCUCAUUGGCGGCAAUGUGAUCACAUCAAACGUCUUGUUCGGCACGCUCGGUAUUUCAACCAUGGGAGCGUUGCCCAUUCUCAACGGCCGGUUCGGUGACUAUGGCCUGCGAACCAAGGACAAGCUCAACAUGUUUGCCACAUUCUUCAAGAAGGGUGGUGCCAUGACCUUGGCAUCCGUCUGGCUCAACGCCUUCUGCUCCACCAUCGUCGCCUACAACCACCCGUCUCCCAUCGUCCGCAAAGUCUCCAUUGCGUCGGGCGUCUUCCUCGGCCUCCUCCUCCCGUUCAAGCCCUUGCUUCUGGGCUCGAUCAACGCCGAAUGGCAGGCCAUCUACGACUCCAACGACCUUGACACGGGUGCCGCAGGCGAUGAGAACCCGCGUGCCAAGCGCACGGAACAGUUGCUGCAGAUGUGGGAGCAGCGCCACAACUUGCGCUACAUCUUGUUCGUCGGCGGUUGGGUGUGUGCACUCGGUGCGCUCGUCAUGGACAACCGUGUGUAG